AUGGAAUCAUCAAAAGUGAAUGCAUCGACAGCAAUUUCAUCAACAUCGUCAUCACCAAAAUCAAAAAUUCUGCCUGUAGUGCUUUUAUCAGCAUUUCCAUUAAAUCUGUGGAAUGGAAAAGAAAAAGUAAACAUAAAGAAGCGAACGCAACCGUACGAACGCACGUCAUGUACAAAUUGCAAUAAGCAAACAAGCAAUCAGCAACCGACGAAUACAGGAACGACAAUUUCAGUGCCAUCAUCAACAACAAAAACAGAAACGUCCUUCUCAUCAGCAAUUAAAGUAUCGAGCAUGUUUCAAAGUCCAAUGUUUAUUCUUCCAAUUCUACCGACGAAGACUGCAUCAGUGCAACCUAAAUCAUUGCCAAAUAUCUACAAUAACCAGCAUCAGCAGCAACCAUUUUCAACGAUAUAUCAUGCCAAGAAAGUAGGAACGGAUGAAACGAGUCUGACAACAAUUAAUAAUGUUCCACUUCAAACUCAGCAAAGGAACAUUGCGAUUAUGGAUCAUCAUGGAGUGGAGGAGCAACAAGAGCAUCAUGAGAAUUAUUUAACGAAUGAAGCUACAAGAGGACUCCUCAUUAUAAAUUACGUAAAUAAAUGGCUUGAAAUAUUUUACAAUUUAGAAAAGAAAAAGAAUUUGAAAGAUUUGCAGGACAUGAUGGUAUGGGCGCUUUUCAAGUCUUAG